GGCGGUGGAGGAGGAGGAGGAGGCGGCGGCGGCGGCGGGGGGGGUGGGGGAGGAAGGCAGCGAGCGAGCGGGCGAGGCAGCGGCAGAGCCCGGCGGCCACCAUGGAGCUGGCGAUGGAGAACCUGGGCAGCCUGCACGGCGUCCCAGCUCGCACCGCAACCUGGUGCCGCACGGCCGGCCCGCCAUGGUCUCGGGCAUGGCCUCCAUCCUGGAGGGGGGCGACUACCGCGGCGAGCACAGCCUGGGAGCCCCGCUGCACCCCGCCAUGAGCAUGUCCUGCGAGUCGCCCUCCGGCAUGAGCCUGAGCAGCACCUACACCACGCUGACUCCCCUGCAGCACCUGCCGCCCAUCUCCACCGUCUCGGAGAAGUUCCACCACCCGCACCACCACCACCACCACCAUCACCCACACCAGCGGCUGGCCGGCAACGUCAGCGGGAGCUUCACCCUCAUGCGCGACGAGCGGAGCUUGGCCUCCAUGGGCAACCUCUACAGCCACUACCCCAAGGACAUGCCGGCCAUGGGGCAGCCCCUAUCGCCGCUGCCCAACGGGCUGGGAAGCCUCCACAACGCCCAGCAGCCGCUGGCCCCCUACGGCCCCGCCGGCCACUUGCCCAACGAGAAAAUGCUCUCGCCCAACGGCUUCGACUCGCACGCCGCGAUGCUGUCCCGGGGCGAGGAGCACCUGGCGCGGGGGCUGGCGGCGCCCAGCUCGGCCAUGAUGCCGCCGCUCAACGGGAUGCACCCGCACGGCCACCCGCACGGCCAGCCCGGCGCCUCGCUGCUGGGCGAGCGGGAGCGCCCCGCGCCCGGGCCCGGCUCCCAGCCCGGCGCCUCCGGGCAGGUGGAGGAGAUCAACACCAAGGAGGUGGCUCAGCGGAUCACGGCCGAGCUGAAGCGAUACAGCAUCCCGCAGGCCAUCUUCGCGCAGAGGAUCUUGUGCCGCUCCCAGGGGACCCUCUCGGACCUGCUGCGGAACCCCAAGCCCUGGAGUAAGCUCAAGUCCGGCCGGGAGACUUUCCGCAGGAUGUGGAAAUGGUUGCAGGAGCCGGAAUUUCAGAGGAUGUCGGCGCUCAGGCUGGCAGCUUGCAAACGCAAGGAGCAGGAGCAGCAGAAGGACCGGAGCCUGCAACCCAAGAAGCAGCGCCUGGUCUUCACGGACCUGCAGCGCCGCACCCUGAUCGCCAUCUUCAAGGAGAACAAGCGCCCGUCCAAGGAGAUGCAGAUGACCAUCUCCCAGCAGCUGGGCCUGGAGCUCAACACCGUCAGCAACUUCUUCAUGAACGCGCGCCGGCGGUGCAUGAACCGCUGGCAGGAGGAGCCAGGCGCCAACCCCGGGGUCCCCUCGACGUCUACAAGCACUUUCUCCAAAGCAUGA